AUGCCCAGCGCUCGUACUGAUACCAAGGCCCAACGGGCUUUGCGAGACAGUGCUGCAAAGGUGCGCGUGUCCGAUCUGGGGGUCCAGUCGCUUUUGAGUGUUGAGUUGCUUGUUGGUGCAGGUACCAGAGACUCCGUACUCGUUCCCAGACUCUGCGCGCGACCCUGCGCCACGCUGCUCGCUCCGCGGGUACCAGCUACCUGGCCGCCCUCGUCGUACUCCGUGCCUGUCUGCCAUGGCGCAGCGGUACCGCCACCAGCACUGGCGCUAGCCGGCCGGAGUGGUGCUGCUUGCCCUGUAGUGCCCUGUGCUAGCAGCGCUGGAUGGGACGCUGGCCAGUGGACGCGGUGGGCGCCCCACCACCCCCAGUGCCGCUGCUGGCAGGUUCUCGUGCCUUCAGAUGCGGCCCACCCCCCUGUCCACUUCGACGCUCUUCCACGGCCGGCUGGCUGGUAUUCCCUUUUCAUCCGGCCUCUUGUCGCCUCUGCCUCUCCUGCAUCUGCUCUCCUACUUCACUACUUCUACUUCCACUUCAUCGCUCCCUCUUCCUCCUUCCCGCUCCCCCUCCCCGUCAAAGGCCUUCUUUCUCCUCGCAGCUUGCGUCUCGUCAGCCUCGUGCUUCGAACUCCCAUCUCCGACUCGUCUGCCCAGUCGCCGCGUCUCGUCGCAAUCGCCAAUUCCAGCGCCAGAUUCGCCACCUCGACGAUAAACCCUCGCAAGCCUGCCGCCAUCCGAACCUCAUCGGCCCCGACGCAACCGAUUCCCUCCCCAAACAGUUCGACGAGAGAAAGAAGGGUCCUCCUUUGCCUAGAUCCCUGCAGCGGUCCGCCUCAGCUCAGCUUUUUCGAGCAACGUCGUCUCGUCGCCCAUAGACAAUCGCCCGCCAGCGUGUACUUGUCACUGCUUCGCCGCAAACUCGUCCUUUAGAGCCUCGGCCCUAGUGCACUCCGCCCGUCUUCGUCAUACCGUCCCGGUCUCGGCCGCUCUCGAUAAGCUCCUCCAUCAGCACCUUGAUCGAGUCACCGGGCGAUAGUCACAAGUGUCCUUGUUCUCAAGCGGCCUUUUUUCUUUUUACCCAAAAGUUGUUCGGCUCAACCUCGCUCGCGACUUGACAUCUGCAUCUCUUCGCCUUGAUUGAGUCACCCCCUUUCCAGCGAGAGCUACGCUCCGCUCACGGCCGCCACCUUGGUUGGUCCGCCACGUUGCUACACUCUCCCUGAUUCUUCUCUUUCUCUUUCUCCUCACAACCUCAACCUCAACGUCUAUAC